GUCACUAUCGUAAUUUUAUAGAAGCGGUAGGGUUACUUCAGUCAAGGAACCCCAACAUAAGUAAUCCCUUCUGGUCCGAGGCAGUUUUUCUUGGAACAAAAGUGCUUUCUGUUUCCCAUCUCGGAGACCGUAAACUUCGUCUGCCAUUGUUUUCCCACUGAAAUUCUCUGUUACUUUUCUCUUUGUUAUCUGUAAUAUCUUCGGGUAGUUUUUAUUUUUGGAGGGAAAGAUGUCUGGGAAGGGAGCGAAAGGUUUGAUUAUGGGCAAAACCUCGGCUGUCAACAAGGACAAAGACAAGAAAAAACCCAUCUCUCGUUCUUCUCGAGCUGGCCUCCAGUUCCCAGUGGGUCGGAUCCAUCGUCUACUAAAGUCAAGGACCACAGCACACGGGAGAGUAGGAGCAACUGCUGCGGUUUAUUCUGCUGCUAUCCUGGAAUAUUUGACUGCAGAGGUGUUGGAGUUGGCUGGAAAUGCAAGCAAGGAUCUUAAGGUGAAACGUAUUACUCCCAGACACUUGCAGCUUGCUAUCCGUGGUGAUGAGGAACUUGAUACCCUGAUUAAGGGAACCAUUGCUGGUGGUGGUGUGAUCCCUCAUAUCCACAAGUCACUCAUCAACAAGUCAUCCAAGGACUAGACUACAGUGUGUUAUUGCUUGUAGAAAUUUGCCAAUUCUCUAUCUGAGCUGCAUUUCUUUGCUGUGAGCUUGAGACUUAAAACCAUGGGUUUAUUAGGUUCUAGUCGAUUGUUAGGGCAUUGCAUUUAUGUGUUUAAUUAAUUUGUUGAAACUUAGGCCUGAUCCUCUUUUAGCUGCCGAUCUUUUCUUUUCCUUGUCUGAUAUAAUCUGUCGAGAUUGGCAUUAUUUAGCGGAUUGACUGACAUGGUGGCUGUUGCGUGGUUAACAAAUAUGACUAGCAUAAAGUUUAUUGAUGAAUUCUUAUUGGGAUAUUGCAAAUAAAAUAUCAGGUAAUCCGGAUGUAUUACUGAGUCGCUUUCAUGGUACCUGGGUUUUUCAAUGCAUAAUGGUCUGCCAAAUGCCUCUUUGAUUUUUAUGAUCAAAAUGCUUGUUCCGUGGUCUACUCUAGCAGUUUACAGCUGCCCUGAUGAGUCCGAAGGUUGAGGUAUAUCAAAUUAGAAUGAUUCUCGUUCAAGGCAUGUGGAAACUAAGUAAAGGCGCAUAUGCCAAUUUGGAGCUAAUUUCUCAUACUUCAACAAGUAAUUGAGUAAGUGACCACAGUUUACAGUGUUUCCUCAAAUAUAAAGGUUCAUUUCUGGAUUUGGCCAUCUUGUCUGCAGCUAAUCUGGCCAAAAAAGGUGGCACAUGACUUAGGAAUUUGGGAUAUAUAUUAAAGUUCAGAAAGUUUUACAAAAAUUGAUUUUCUAUUUAUUUUUUUUUGAAAAAUGUUAACAAAAUGUAA